CUUCAGUCCUCAGGACGGCCGAUCACACCUCACUACAAUACUACAUCAUUCUAAUUUCUAAGAGACUGCACUACGACAGGAGCCGCGCAACGGACAAGACGGCCUCUCUCCCACAUACACUCUCUCGCUCUUUCUCUCUCUCUCUCCCUCCAAAUGCUGCCAAGAGAUCGAGCGUGAAGCGCAUUUCCGACAGUUGUAAGGAGCAAUGAGCCCUGCCGCAGCGCGAAGCCAAGGGAACUGUAUUGCCAUCCGGACAGUUUCUACUACGUCCUCCAUUUCUCGAUGCUCUCUCCCUCCUUCCGGCAACGAUGAUGCAAUUAGUGGGACUCCUCUAUGGAUGGGUAAAGGACUCACUUGUGUUUGCUUCAAAGGAAAGGGAAACCACCAAAGAAUCUGUAUCAAUUUGACACCUCAACAGGAAGAGAGACUGAGAAGACUACAACAUAGAAUGAAGGUUUGUUUUGAUGCUUCCAAGCAGGAACAUCAGGAGGCUUUGAGAGCUCUAUGGCAUGCUACAUAUCCUGAUCAGGAACUUCAUGGUUUGAUAUCUGAUCAGUGGAAAGAAAUGGGAUGGCAGGGAAGAGAUCCAUCCACAGACUUCAGCAGAGGAGCAGGGUUCAUUUCUCUGGAGAACCUGCUGUUUUUUGCAAAAACAUUUCCAGCAUCGUUUCAACGGCUGCUGAAGAAGCAAGGCGGAAAACGGUCUGCAUGGGAGUAUCCAUUUGCUGUUGCUGGUGUAAAUAUUACAUUCAUGAUCAUGCAGAUGCUUGACCUGGAUGCAACAAAACCCAGAACUUUUGUCAGAGGAGUAUUUAUUCAGAUGCUAUCAGAUAAUGAAUGGGCAUUCGAUCUACUUUACUGCGUGGCAUUCUUGGUUAUGGACAAACAAUGGCUGGAGAAAAACGCUACAUACAUGGAGUUUAAUGAUGUCUUGAGAUCCACACAAACACAGCUGGAGAAGGAACUUUUGAUGGAUGAUGUUUUAAGGAUUGAAGACUUGCCUUCCUAUACCCUUCUCUGCUAGUUGCUGCAUUGAGAAUCAGCUUUAACUUAUAGGUAACUUUUAGAUUUUCUUUUAGGGGGUGUUUGAUUCAAAUUAUAUAAGAUAACUAAGGUUAUAUUUGUUUGGGAAUAUAAGAUUCCCAUAUUUGGUUCAAGUUAUGUAAUUUUCCCAAGGAAUGUAACAUACCCUCCCGCAUGAAGUUUUUAGCAAUUGGAAGAGAAUGUGGGAUAUUCAUUUAUCUUAUUACUAAUAUUGAGUUUUUGACAUUUUAAUCAA